AUGGCGGCAAUGCUGGGCCAUGUAUUGUCCACGGCCAAUACCGUGCGCAGGAUGGCCACGGGGGAGGCGACUGCCGCAGCAGAGGAGCAACACAAGCUAACUGAUUUCCUAACGACGCUGGUAACCUAUCCGGCGCUGUACAUCUUUGCAACUGCCAGUGCUUCGGAACCUCUGGGCGGCGAGGUGGCGCCCGAGGCCGUACAUGCCGUGGGCAAGGGCCGCCGCGCCGGUGCAACGGCUGCCGCAGCGGCGGCGAUCAAGAGCAUUGCCCCGCCGAUCCUGCUCGGUGGCAGCGGCGGGGGGGCAGCGAUUGAGGAUGUGGCGGGACCCGUGAUGGCGCUGGCUCCGGAACCUCGCUACCGGCUGUCCGACUUCCCCGAGGGGCGUGCGCUGGUGGCGCUGGAGAGGUGGUGUCGGGAGCCCGUGUUCCUGAGCCUGGGCGUGGAGCUGUGGGCGCACAGCCGAGAGUACGCUCGGGGCUUCAUUGCGGCGGGGGUGGCACCGCCUUGGCUGGCCGGCAGCUUAGGCCCUUGGUUGGAGUCCUUCCCUGACGCCGCCCCCCCCUUGGGGCUGGAGGGGGUGGUGGAGGCGGCUGUACGGGAGGCCAGGGAGGGGGCUCGGGCGGAGGAGGAGAGUAUGGCCGCGGGUGCUGGUCCCACGGUGGCGGGGGGUCCGGCGGCGGUGGGGUGGGAGGGCGGUCUGCCGCUGCGGCGUCUGGCGGCGGCCGCCAGCCCCAACCUGGCGCAUAUCAGUCGUCAGCUGCAGCAGCGCUACCGCCUCACGCGGGGACGUACGUGGCUGGAGUUUGCACAGAUCUUUCUGGGUAUUUUCCGUUCCUGGUUGCGGCUCGUUGCUGGCUGCUUCUCGCUGGCGGCCAUGAUGUUGCGGCUGCUGGGUACCGGGGCCACCGUGCUGAGCGGGGCGGUGGCCUUCACGGUCAUCUUCUCCAUAGCGCUGUCGGUGCUGUCGGCGCUGCUGACGGUGGCGGCGACUGCGGCAGAUGCCAUCGGCUCACUGCUACGCACACUUGAGGUUGGGCAACCGGGGCGUCGUUCCGCCCCCCUGCCCCCCCCGCCCGUCCACGUGCUGGACCACACAUCGCAUCACAUCACGUGUGCGGUGUUUAUUGUGUUGUUUAGCUAA